AUGGGCAACCUUCCCUCGGUUCGAGUUCAACCUACUAGACCAUUUAAGCACAGUGGUGUUGAUUACGCUGGCCCAAUAACCAUCAAACAAUCGACUGCUAGAAAUUCGGUAACGACAAAAGGAUACAUCUGCCUCUUUGUCUGCAUGGUCACCAAAGCGCUGCACCUUGAAGCUGUCACCAGUCUUUCUACUGACGCUUUCAUUGCCGCAUUUAGACGAUUUACCUCACGGCGAGGCAUGUGCUCCGACCUCUAUUCUGACUGCGGUACCAACUUUGUUGGCUCUAACAAAGAACUUAAAAUUCUACAAAGGAGAAGUCUCGAAUCGCUGCCGGAAGAUCUAGCGAACGUUCUUGCUAACAAUGGCACAAACUGGCAUUUUAUACCACCCGCUUCGCCAAACUUUGGAGGUCUCUGGGAAGCUGGUGUAAAAUCUACAAAACACCAUUUAAAACGGAUCAUGGAUAACAGAAUCUUGACCUACGAGGAAUUAUCUACACUCUUGGCUCAAAUUGAAGGAUGUCUCAAUUCCAGGCCGCUAUGCCCCAUUUCAACUGACCCAGCAGACUGUGAAGCCCUAACUCCGUCUCACUUCCUCGUUGGAGAACCAAUUUUAUCUGUCCCAGACGAAAAUCUACUAGACCACAAUGUAGAUAGACUUUCUCGCUGGAAAGUGGUUCAGUUGCUAAGUCAACAGUUUUGGAAUCGCUGGAAGACGGAAUAUAUAAACCGGUUGCAAUCCCGUCCAAAAUGGCUCAAGCCUCAAAAGAACGUUGAAGUUGGCGAUUUGGUCAUCAUAUUUGACGAACGAGUUCCCCCAGGUCAAUGGCCACUAGCCCGAAUUACAGAAGUCCAUCCCGGUGCUGAUGGAAAAGUCCGAGUUGUUUCCCUGAAAUGCAGUGGUAAAAUCUAUAAACGUCCUGUCUCUAAAGUUGCACUUCUGCCCCAACAACAAAACUUUAAUUACGCAAAUGAUCCUGAAAAGAGUUGCUGUGAGCCGAGGCACAGCGUGGUUAGCUCGGAAACCAAAUAA